AUGGAUGACCCAAAUGCUGAUACUGAAUGGAAUGACAUCCUCCGCGCCAAAGGUAUUCUUCCUCCGCGAGAUGAGCAAACAAAAGAUGAGAUUGAAGAUAUGUACGCCGAGGCCUUACACGCACGAAGACGAGAAGAGGAAGACUUGGAUAACAAAACACUUGAUGAACUUGAUGAACUAGAAGAUUUGGAAGAUGAUCGAAUUAUUCUGGAGUACAGACAAAAGCGUUUGCAAGAGAUGCAAGCAGUAUCAUCCAAAGAGAAAUAUGGUGAUGUAGUGCAAAUCUCCAAGCCUGAUUUUGUAAAAGAAGUGACCGAGGCAAGCAAAGAAUGCUACGUAGUUGUACAUCUCUUCAAGGACUAUAUUCCUGCAUGUAAAUUGAUGAACCAACAUCUGGCUGUGUUAGCAAAACAGUUCAAGGCUACAAAAUUUUUAAAAAUUGUGAGUGAUCAGUGUAUUCCCAAUUAUCCAGAUCGUAAUGUACCCACAUUGCUGGUUUAUGGUGAAGGCGACAUCAAAGCCAACCUUGUUGGUGCUGCUCAGUUUGGUGGUAUGAAGAUGACAGUCCAAAGUCUUCGCACACUCCUUGCUCAAUAUGGAGCAGUUCCGCCAGAGAAAGAAUCAGUUGAAAAGGAACAACCAAAGAAGACUAUUUAUAGCUCGUCUGCAACAGCUGCCCUUAGUAGUGAUGAAGACGAAUCGGAUAAUGAUGAUAGAGGCUAUUAUUAAAAGAAAAGAAAAAAUGAAAACAUAAACAUAAACCAAACAAAUAUUCCCAAACAAAGACAAAGGCUUUAUUUUAUUGUAUUUUAUUUAAAAUAAGAAAAACUGUUUGUUG